AUCUGGUUAAUCUGGUUUUGUUGCUGGUAACAAAGAUAAAAUAUACAUAUUAAUAUGUCGUGGAUUCCCUGGAGUACCCGAGUUUGAGAGAACCUGGUAGAACAGGGCGCCAUUCUUCCACCUUUCUUCCUGACGUGGUUUUGCCCCAGCAACAGAGCAGACAGUAUAUCUACAUUCUGCAGGGCCAGAUGAACACUUUCAAUGUAAUCCAGGGCAUUUGUUAAUCUUUAAACCUGAUUGUAAGGGGUCUGCUGUUUGGUUCACGGUUGGAUAUCUCACUCUUUAUCAUGUCAGUAGGUCUUAAAGCACGGUUAAGGCUUUACUCUGCCAUAUGGAGAACAGUUGGGAAGUGACAUUAAUUCUGUGCAUUCUCCGUGUGUGUGUGUGUGCGUCGCAUCGCUCCUGAAACAGUAAAAUCACAAUUCCUGCACCCAGGCCUCAAGCCCGAGGAUGAUCCGCCGUGUGUGUGUGUGUGUGUGUGUGUCAGUAACUCCCUGAUGCUGUACAGUGAAUCCAGUCAGUACACCACAGCUUCUGAGAUCAGCAGACCCACGCUGCAACACCCUGAUUUAACCCGGGGACACGAGACUGGAAAUCAACCGUCCGUUUGACAUGAGGCGACAACGAGAGAACGACAGCGACGUCAGGGCCGCUGUUCGAGAGACAGGCUUGUCCAGGAAAAACAAAGACAUCGACGGUAUCUACCGUUCACCAUCUCUGCGAAGCAACGAGCUGCUGGCUCUGUACGGGCCAGAACCAGUCUCUUAUGGAGGACGACACCUGCGUCAGGGCCGUGAGGAUGAGGAGUUCGAUAAUGCAGACUCAGAGGACAGACAAGACAACAUGAAGCAGUCCCUGUCUCUGGAGGAAGGAUACGGGGUGGAGAGAGAGCCGUGCUCAGGCCUGCGACGGGUCUACUUCUCCAACCAGGAAUACUACCAGAGGCUUGAGGACCUUAAGAGAGCCCACCUGAGGAACAUGGCUGACCUGGAAAAGAUGUACAUUUGUCAAAGUGUGACAUCGAAGAGCUGUGGUCCCUUGCCAGGUAGGCGACUGCAGAGAAUUCUCUCGGACGAGGAGCUUAACUUCCAUGAUGAGACCUCCAGUGGCAUGUCGGACCAUUCAGAGUCCGGUGUUAGCCAAGAGGAGGAAGAUAAUCAUUAUGAACUGGUGCUAGAUCACUCAGAAGAGGACAGACCGACACCUGGGUCCUGUACCCGGAAAGAGAAACCACUCAGAAACAGUCCAAGGGAGGACACUCCACCCUGCCGUCUGAAGGCCACGUCCUCCACCACCAGCACCGCAGCCCACAAACAGCCGUCGGCCACGGCCUCAUCCAGGAGCCAGGUCCACAUUGAGCUCCAGAUGAGAAGUUGCUGCCCCGAGAGGGGAAGCCUGGAUGGAGGCCCGGGGAAGACGGGGUGUCGAACCAGAGACAAGAACUGCUGUGGGUUAGGAGGCCGUAAUUACUCCAGGGGGACAGCCACCGUCCCCCAACCCUUCAAGAUGAUGGUGCGGGAGGAGGAGAAGAAGAGAAGAAAGGUGCGGACGCGCUCAGAUGUGGAGCUGGAGAACUCCGUGCUGCGGCGGGAGCUGGACGAGCUGAGGGAGUGUGGCGUGAAGUUCCGGGCCUCCCCUGCACCGGCACACACCCGCCUGCCGCUCUGCGCCGUCAUUGGCCGACGCCCAGGCCGGCCUCUGGGCAACCGGGUUGGCAACCAGUACGAUAGGCACGUCAGUGGCCGCUGUAGUUACCUGCACGUCCGCGACGACAACCGUUGUGCCGGCUCCUGCUCACCCCCGAGGCCGUUCAGCUUCUUGGAGAGAGAGAGGAGGAGGAGGGAGCGGAGGAUUGAAGCUGAGUUGGGGAACCAGGCACCCAGAGAGGAGAAGAGGGUUUUCAAGGCCAGGCCGGUGCCCCGGUCUGUGUACUGCAGCAACAGCGCCACCCGCAGGCCGCAGAGGACCACGCAGAAGGUAACACAGGAGACGGGCCAGCGUAGCACCGGGCGUCCACCUGGGUCAAGGGCCGAGGGUCCGGGAGAUGACAGGGGUGGCAGAGAGGAGGGCGAGGACCACGGCAGACCGCGGCUGGAGGCAGAGGAGGUGGGUGGAGUCAGCACAAUACAGGUUCCUUUUCACAGCAACAGCUGUUGGAGGCCAGAGGUAAAAGGACGCAGACGCCCGUCAGUCAAGCAGCUCAAGCUUCAGAUAGAGAUGGAGUCGGAGACAAGGAAAGGGAGGGAGUGGUCCUACAUUGACCCACUCCUCACACGCACCAACUCCCACAGUUUCUGCACGCCUCUCCUCCGUCAGGAGGGCCUCCCUCUCCCAGCCAGCAAGGGUGACUACAUCAGUGUGUGUAAGAGUCGUGACAGAACCAUUGAAAGUGUCUCGUAA